AUGGCGGCGGAAGAGCUGCCUUCACAGUUCGAUGUGGUGAUAGUGGGAACAGGUCUGUGUGAGUCUGUGGUCGCAGCUGCCUGCUCCAGAGUGGGACAGAAUGUGCUGCACUUGGACAGGAGGAGUUAUUACGCUGGAGACUGGGCCAGUUUCACCUUUACUGGACUCCUGUCUUGGAUCCAGGAGCAGCAGGUGGAGUCAGAGCCAGAGCAGCAAUGUGAUUGGUCUUCUCUGCUUGAGGAAGGGGAGGAGCUUGUUCAUCUGAACCAAUCAUAUUCAUCCAUCAGUAAUGUGCAGGUGCUCUGCUACGUCAGUGAGGAAGAGGAGGCUGAGAAGAACCAGGAGAUAAAGGAGGAGGAGCUGAAGAAGGAAGAAGAGGAGCAGAAGGAGGAAGAGGAAGAACAGAAGGAGGAGGAGCUGAAGAAGGAAGAGGAGGAGCAGAAAGAGGAAGAGGAGGAGCUGAAGAAGGAAGAGGAGGUGCAGAAGGAGGAGCUGAGAGAAAAAGGUGCAGAACAGUCCCAAGACCAAUCGACCAAUGAGAUACCAGAUAGCCAAUCAGAGCACGAGAGUGAACCCAACAGCCAAUCACGGCGCAGGAUGCUGACUCUGACUGAUCUGGUGAAAGAUGGACGCCGAUUCAACAUUGACCUGGUGUCAAAGCUGCUGUUUUCUCGCGGCUCAUUGGUCGAUCUCCUCAUCCAAUCCAACGUCAGUCGCUAUGCAGAGUUCAAGAACGUGAGCCGCGUGCUGACGUUUCUGAACGGAGAAAUUAUCCAGGUGCCCUGCAGCCGAGCAGAUGUGUUUUCCAGUCGUCGUCUUUCUGUCGUUGAUAAAAGGAAACUCAUGAAGUUCCUCACUUCCUGUUUGGACCAGGAUGACAUCAUCACAGAGUAUGUUGGACGCCCGUAUAUGGAGUUCCUAGAAAAGCAGUCGUUGGGCGAGGAUCUACGGCACUUCCUAUUUUACUCUAUCGCCGGGGCGACAGAGGGCACACCCACAGAGGCGGGACUUGCUUCCACGCGGAAUUUCCUGCGAUGUCUCGGCCGUUAUGGCAACACACCCUUCCUGUUUCCUGUGUAUGGCCUCGGCGAAAUCCCCCAGUGUUUCUGCAGGAUGUGUGCAGUGUUUGGAGGAGUGUACUGUCUCCGACACUCGGCUCAGAGUCUGGUGCUGAACAGAGCCACCAACAGGUGUGUCGCAGUGAUCGACAGUCGUGGGCAGAGGAUCAGCUGUUCCCACUGUGUCCUGGAGUCCGGACUCUUGGAGACCAGGAACGAGGCCGAGACUAGCUCUAUGUCCAGAGCCAUCCUCAUCACAGACCGAUCUGUCCUGGAGACAGACUCAGAACUCAGCCAGGUCUCCUUGGUAACCGUUCCUCCCCUGGGUCCUGGUUCUCCUUCAGUCAGAGUCGUGGAACUGAGCCCCUCCACCAUGACCUGCAUCAACGGAACAUACUUGGUGCACCUCACCUGUCCAGCAUCUGGCUCUGCCCAUCAUGACCUGUUCCCCGUGGUAACCAGGAUGUUCAGGACGCCUGAGUCACCUGACCACGACGGACCACUCGUCCUCUGGAGUCUGUAUUUCAACAUGGCGGGGUCUCCAGAUGUCAAAGGUCCAGAGCUGCCAAUCAAUCUGCACCUAUGCCCCGCCCCUGACCCCGCCCUGGGACACGACAUCACUGUCACCAAGGCUGAGGAGAUUUUCCACCACAUCGUUCCAGGAGAAGACUUCUGUCCUCCAGCUCCAAACCCAGAAGACAUCAUCUAUGAAGCAGAGAGCAGUGGGAAUACUGGGAACACUGGAGAUACUGGAGAUACUGGGAAUACUGGAGAUACUGGGAUCAUUGGAGAUACUGGGGACAAUGAGAACCCAGAGGUCACGAGGGACCCCACAGUCUGCGAGCCUCUAGAGGAUCUCACACAGGACACAGAGAAGGAUAAGGAAGAUCUCCACCAAUCAGGGGACAGUUAG